UGACUACUGUCAACAAGCGGCGAAGUGAAGCCGUCCCAACGACCGUCAGUGCUGGCACCGCAGCUUUACUCUGCUGUCAUGGUGUCCAAAAUUAAAACCUAACUUAAUGAAAUACAACGCAGUUUAAUUUUAGCUUCGGGUAUUUUGUAGCAGAAGCUUGAGCGGGAUUAUGACGCUUUAAAUGAAGCUUAAUGGUUGCGUCUAACCUUCCAAAGAGAGGAUUAUCAUCUCCUGAGCAACUGGAAACUAACAGUUGUGUUGGCUGUUAGCGACUUGUUCUGUUUAUCUACGGCAGACGGCUCUACAUGACGAGUCAUGGCUCGUAGGAGUUCUCGCCUGGUAUCUGGUGGCUACUACCAUUCAGAUGAGGAAUCCGACUCCAGCAGUGUGACCAACAUAUCCUACAGAGAAAAUCCUGUCAAGGUUUUCAAGAAGAAGUCCGGAAGUCGGAGGUCAGCUUCCCGCACCAGCAGCAACGGCAGUUCUGCCAGUCCAGGAACUCCAGUUCCUGAGCCAGGUCUGACGGCAGGGAGAGCUCCCACCCUGUCGCCCCUGAGGAGCGUCUCCUUCGCCCCCACCGCGCCGACGCCUCGGCCGGCUCUGACUCCGUCGUCUUCUCAGAACCACACGUCCAAGCGAUGCCACUCGCUGACCCCGGAGAGGAGCCCUUCUCCUGGCCACUGCAGCGCCGCCCUGUCGCCCCUACAGCACAGAUCCAAAAGCAAGGAGCGGAGUAAAAGUGGCGCCGACAGCUCGGGGUACUCGUCCGCCGAGGGCCCCUACAGGAAGCCUUCGCCUGCCACCAGCACAACCAGUUCCCCACCCGGCAGUACCGGUCCAGCUUUCAGUCCAGGAUACAGAAGAAGGAUCAGUGAUGCCUUUUCUAAUCUAAUGAAUUCAGCCUCAGUGAUGGCUGCUCAUGCACACAGAAAAGUGCUUCAGGUCACAUCUUCAGUUAAGGAUUUAGUCACCUGGGACCGAACGAAGAAGGUGCUCCUGUUUGCUCUCCUGCUCAUCAUCAUACUCAUGUGUAUUUGGUUGCUCCUUCCUUUGUUCACCUCUUUCGUCGUUCGCACACAACCCGAGUUUCGACCCGGCGCCAUCCCCACGUCUGUGGUGGAUCCACGUGUCGUUUCUGCUGCUGUACAAGCAGAGAUGCAAGAUUUCCUGGUGGAGCUUCAGCUGAAACAGGAGCAGCUUCUGUGCCAGCUGAAUGAGAAACAUCAGCUGGACGUGGAUUUCCUGAAGGCGAAGAUCGAGGCGACGGACUCUGACAUGCGCCGCCACUUGGAGCUGGAGGUUUCUGGUCUGGAGAAGCAGAUGGAAUACCAUCAGACGGACAGCCGCUCCGCUGCCGCCAGCCUCAGCCUCAAGAUCCAAACUCUGGAGACCCAGAACGCCAAGUUGUCCCAGGAGCUGUCCUCUAUGCAGGCGACGCCAGCUCCAGACUCCGCCCACAACCAGCUCACGCCAGAGCUCCAGCUGGCCAUGGAGAAGUGGCUCACCGAUCGCAUCAAGGAACAGGAAGCAAGCAGGGUCAAAUUGGACGGCACAGAGUGUGGACGUCCAGAGGCGGACAGAAUGCCUGACUUUGCUCUUGAGACUCAAGGAGCCAGCAUCGUCAGCACGCGCUGUUCGGAGACGUAUCGCAUUCGCUCGGCCUGCAUCACUCUCUUCGGUUUCCCUCUCUGGUAUCCGUCUGAGAGCCCGCGCACCGUCAUCCAGGGCUACCCGGUGCUGCUCCCUGGGAAAUGCUGGGCGUUCCACGGCGUCCAAGGCACCCUGGUCAUCUCUCUGUCUCACCCCAUCAGGAUAAGUCAUGUGACUCUGGACCACCUGCCUCGCUACAACUCCCCCACCGGCCACAUCGACUCGGCACCCAAAGACUUUGAAGUCUACGGAUUGAAAAAUGACACAGAAGAAGGAGCGCUGCUCGGGGCGUUUUUUUAUGAUGAAGACGGCGAGUCGACUCAGACGUUUAAGCUGCCUAACCCCAGUGACGAGGUGUAUCGGUUCGUGGAGCUACGAGUUCUCUCCAACUGGGGUCACAUGGAGUACACGUGUCUCUACCGGUUCCGUGUCCACGGAACGAUCGCCUACGUUUGAGAAUCCCUUUGCAUCACGUGUUCAAAGAUAUGAAAGUUCUCCCUUAUUGUCCGAUGAGUAAAGGACUCAUUUCUACUGAAAAGGUGUUGAGUAAUGUUACUCCUGGAGCUCCUGUUGCAGCAGGGUUUUUUUUUUGUUUUUGUUGUUUUUUUGUUUUUUUUUUGGUAAUAUUAAAGUAGGAGGAGCUCUUUGUGCAGCGCGCAAUGAGCUUAGCGGACAGAAGAAUGAAGUUUGACCAAACGUCUGCCUGGCGAAACCUUUUGGCAGCAUGAGGUUCUGGUAACUUUAUGCUUACAAUUAUGAGCGUGCCACUAGGUCAUUUUUUAAUAUUUUGCUAUUGAUUAUAACUAUUUAUGAGUAUUUUUCUGCUUCGUGGUUCAGUGUACAAGCAUACGUCAGAACUUUCUCCUAGUUAAGUUGGUGUUUCGUUUUGCUAGCUCUUCUUGAUUAUAAAACAACUGAGCAAGACGAAAUUAAUAAAUAAAAUUGCGACACAAAUAAGAUGUCAAAACUAUUAAAAAAAAGUAUGUUGUGGCUAACUGGUUCUGUCCAUGUUGGACGCCUUACUGAAAUUAAUUUUGGAUUUUUCUCUCACCGCCAUGAUCUGUCACAUUUUGAUUGACUCGUGAGAAUGAUGGCAGGCAGCAGGGGAGCAUAUUUAAUCAGUAUUUUUUCUUGUUGAAAAAGAAGGAGAAAAAAUAAAAUAUGCAGCUUUGUGUGAUUAUAUUUUGCACUCUUUUAGGAGACUCUAGUGUGCUUAUUUAAUUUCUGGUUCUUGAAAUACUUGAACAUCGUUUUUAAGACGCCAUGCUGAUCGCAUGAAAGAUCCAUUUCCGUUUCCUUGUGCUGAGGAGUUUAUAGGAACUUUUCAAGCUGAAAUGCUUCUUCUUUUUUUUAUUUGUCAGACAAAAAUAUAAUUUAUACAUUUAUAUGAUCUGCUUUGAAGGAUAGACUUGACUACAACUGUUUUCUUAAGACCUUAAAAACUCUCAGAACCCAAUCAGAAUUUGAAUUCAUUGGCAGAACUGCCGGUACAUUUCCUUUUACAUGUCGUGCAGCAGAUUUAGACAAGAUUUUGAAGAGGAACAUGUAUUAAUUUACUCAGAUCUGCACUGGAUGAGGUGGAAAAUAAUUCAUUCCUACCCACCUUUUCAAAUCUAGACAAAAAUAAACUCAGGAUUUGUUUCUUCUGAGAGGUCGCAGCACAGGUUUGAGAUUGCUUGAAGGCGAUUUUUAUGUAUUUUCACACGUGUCUGACUUGUUAUCACCCAUUUUUACAAGUCACUGCACAAACAGAAUCAAACAGGUCGGGUGAAGCCGAACCAAAGUGUUACGUUUUAAAACAGCCAGCCAGCUUUGUGUCUUUGAUCCUCAUGUUAACUGAAGUAAAGAGACUGAAUCUCCAUUUUUAUUUUUUUUAUCAGCUAAGUAAACUGAUUGUCCCUUUACUAAAUGCGCUUUACUAAACAGCGAAUGUCUUAAAUCUUUACAACAUAAUGCUUGCGUUUAUGUUGGAAAUGUUUUUUUUGUUUUGUUUUUAUUUUGAUGUUGAGUUCUUUUUACCGGCUUUCCUGUCUCGACAGCUCGACGUGUGUAACUCUUCUUGAGCUUUUGCAUAAAUAAAUCUGUGUGAGAAAGUUUGGGGAGGGGGAGGGGAAAAAACACAUCAUAUUUUUGCUUUUUUUCUGUUCUCCGUCAUAAAAACAGAGCAGAAAAAUUAACCGGCUGCUUCAAUUUUGAAAAGCAGACUAGGAAAUUUGACAAGGUUGUUGUUUAAUAAAGGAUUAUAACAUCA